CAUUUCUUCACAGAUGAAAAUUCCCUAUUCUCCAUUGUCUCUGCUCUUUCAUACCCAUUCUUCAACUUGCUUUGUUCAUGCAAGAUCCAAAGAAUUCUCACACAAGGAAGCCUUGGUAUCAAAGAGCAAUGCAGAUGGCUAAUGUCUGGAAAAGUGUUCCUAAAUCCGAAGGGAAGGCAGAUGCCACAUUGUGGAAAACAAUAUCCAAGCGUACGGAAAUCCCUGUGUCAAAUGGAAUAUUAUGGAAGGCAAUUCCCAAGGCCACAGACGUUCCAACAGCUAAUCCCAACAAAGAGAAGCUAAGGAAAUGCACCUCUCUAGGGGUUGCCUCUUCGUUUACUCGAGUUUGUUUAUGCGCACCUCUAUCCUCGUACAACGAGGUUUUUCGAGCUGACUUUCCCCCUAGAAGAAGCAACACUUACCCUAGGUCCAAGGGAUUACCUACAUCACAAGAAAGAACCCCCAAUGCAAGACUUAGCACAGAAGUAAGAAAAGUUUUCCGGGGAAAAUCUUUGACAGAUGAUGUUUUGAUGAGGAGAUUUGUUGUGGAAGAGGAAGCAAUGAUACAAGUUAGAAGAAGGAACCAAAUGGAAGUGAUUAGGAAGAGAAGCAUGAUGAGAAGGAAGAAGCUUGGUCCCAGUCCUCUAAGUAGAAUGGUAAUAGCUGAGAAGGAUGAAAGUUAAUUAAUUCACUUUAUUCUCCAAAUUAGUGGCUUUGAUUUCUUGUACUUCUUUUGGUAAUUUAAAUGAUCAAAUUGUUUUGGUGGUGGAAGUUCUUACCAAAAAUGGAGAGAAAAGGAAAAUGAAGGGAAACUUUAGUU